UUAUAUUCCUUUAGAUCUUUAGUUCAUUAUUCAUCAUGUCAGCUAGACUAGACCACUCUGACGGUAGAAAGAUAACAUCGCAACAGCGGCUACAAGAAGCUAGCUCUGACGAUGUAUUUCUCCUAGACUUAGAAGGAAAAAUCGAUACUUUAAAAAGUGUCAGCACGGAUAUACAUUCGGAGCUUAAGAAUUCAAAUUCUCGUAUUGACGGCGUGCGCGGCGGAUUGGAUGAAGCACACACUUAUGUCAAACAAGGCUUCGAUAAUAUGUCACAUAUAAUGGACAACAAGACCGGAGUUCUAUCAAUGACUAAAAUGGUUCUACUUACCGCUACAAUUCUAUCUGUCAUAUAUAUCGUAAUCAAAUUGGCGAUAAAGAGAAAACAGCUUUAAAAUAGGGUUAAUUUUGCCAUUAAAU